CCGCGCUACAUUAUUGGCCCAAAGGGCGUGUGCUUGUACAAAAUGGAGGUCGUCGAUGAAUUCAAAGAAGAGUUACACGGACUGUAUAAUUCGAAGCUUCCAGUUUCAAGAGCUAAAAUUGGUGCUGUCACUAAAUUAGCAAUGAAAGCAAUUAAACAUUAUAAACAUGUAGUUAUGAUAGUAGAAAAAUUCAUAUCAAAGUCCUCAGCUCCCUACAAGCUCCCGGCACUCUAUGUCAUAGAUUCUAUAGUCCGUCAGUCCAGACACCAGUUUAACGAGACUAAGGAGGUCUAUGGUCCAAGGUUUGGUAAGAGACUGGACAAGAUAAUGCCACUCAUUCAUCAGUGUACUGAAGAUGACAAGCCAAAAGUAACCCGUGUCCUUAACCUGUGGCAGAAGAACAGUGUCUUUCCUCCUGAAGUCCUCCAGCCGUUACUUGAUAAAGCCCAACCCCCUCCAGCCUCCAGUCCUCAGGAACAACCCAGCUCUACCCAGCCAGUCCUAGCUGAUGGAGGAGCAGACAAAAAAGAAAAUAAAAUAAAAACCGACUCUGCUACUAAUAAUAAUAUUUCUGUGCAACCACAGGAUAAAAUAGAUGAUGUACUUCGUGAGCAACAGGAUCAGUUACAGAACUUGUUGAAUUCUGCUAGUACUGGGUCUGAGCAGUCUGGGAUGUUAGUGGCCCUCAUUGAUAAGGCAAAGCAGCUUCAGGACUUACAGUCGCUGCAGCAGGAAGUUAUGAAGGGGUCUGGAGAUAUUGGGGGCCGGGGAGGGGGUGAUAAGGGAACUGGAGAGAAGAGUAAGAUGAGUCAGCAAUCCGUGGUGGCUAAUGAGUUUAGUAAGGCAUUGCUUGAUAAUUUUGAUUACAGCAGUGAUGAAGAUACUGACACUAAACUACCAGCACCUGCUUCGAUAUCCAACGACAACAAUGAUGCUUAUGCCAUUAUUGACCAGCUGGAGGAGCAAUUCAAACGAGAGAUGGAACAAGGGUUAAACAUCAAACCACCACGAGUCUCAAGAUUCCAUCAACCCUCUCCGCCCCCUCAAUCUCUCCCGCCCCCUCAAUCCCUCCCGCCCACACAACUAAUUAAUCCGUUAUCUACCACAAACACUACAUCACUUCCUUCCCCUCCUCCUCCUCCCCCUCCCCCUCCUCCUUCCUCCUCUCAUGAUUUUGAUUGGUUGGCUCCUGACGUUCAUCACUCUCCCUCACUCCGUCCUCCCCCUCACCUUCCUCCUCCUCCUCUCCCUCCCUCUCACUUUCCUCCGGUUCCUCCUCCUCACAUGCCACACCUCCCACCAUCUUAUCAUCAUCUCCCUCCUCCUCCCCCAAGAAUGCAACAAAAUUGGAGAGAAGACAAAGAUUGGGCUCCUCCAUCCUACCACCCCCCACUGCCCUCCAUUCCUCAUCAUUAUUCACGGUCUCCGCCCACCAGACGAGGCCACGCCCCCAGCCCACCUUCAGACAGACCCUACCACAGAGAGAGAAGUCCAAUACGUCAUUAUGACCGUGGGCGGAGAUUGGACCAGUCUCGUUACCAUGAUGACGAGAGGGACCGUGACCGUUCCCAUGACAACGAUUAUCAUUAUCGGGAAAGGGAGGGACGGCAGAGGGAACGGGACUCUCGUUACCACGAUGAUGAUAGGGACUACCCCUCUCGUGAUAGGUCACAUAGAAGCCGUCGCUCCUCAUCUUCGACUAAAGCCGGCUAUGUAACAGUUAAGAGUAAGACUGUGUGGAUCGGUCAUAUCAUGAAAGGAGUAGAUAAAGACCAGCUGUCAAAAAUGUUAGAAAAAUACGGAGCAAUAACUUCAAUUGAUUUUAUUGUUGCUCGUGGGUGUGCCUAUGUUGUCAUGGAAACUCGUGAGGCUGCGGCUAAAGUAGUAGAUCAACUGAGAGACAUAAAAGUCCUCGGACAGAAAUGCAAAGUUGCUUGGGCCCCAGGACGUGGUGCAAAAGGGAAAGAGUUUGAUCCGAGUUGGGAUGUGAACACUGGUAUCAGUAACAUAUCAUGGGACAAUGUGAAGACAAAGUCACAAGUGGAAGGACUGGGUAAUGGAGGCGUGGUUGAUACUAGUACACUCCCACCUCAGCUACGGGAAGAAGAAAUAGCUGAAGUGGAAAUGGAGAGUUGAGAACAUCAAUUACAAUGUAUGAUAAUAAUAAUAAUAAUAAUAAUAAUAGUAAUGUAUUUUAAUUGUUUUUUCUACUUUUCCAAGUUUGCAAUAGUUUCAUACUAAAAUAA